AUGUCUUUAAAUAUUUUAGUUAUUGGAAAUGGAGGUAGAGAACAUGCAAUAAUUUGGAAAUUAUUACAAUCACCAACUGUUAAUCAUAUAUAUGUAGCACCAGGUAACGGAGGUACUUCAACACAAUCCAACAAAGUUACAAAUAUAAAUAUAGGUUCUUCAUCAAAAGAGUUUCCUCAAUUACAAAAAUUUGCAAUUGAAAAUAAAAUUAAUUUAGUUAUUCCAGGACCAGAACAACCAUUAGUUGAUGGAAUAAGUCAAAUAUUUCAUAAUAUUGGUAUACCUGUAUUUGGUCCAUCACCCCUGGCAGCAAAAUUAGAAGGUUCAAAAGCAUUUUCAAAAAAUUUUAUGGAAAAACAUAAUAUACCAACUGCUAAAUUUCAAAAUUUUAAUGAUUUUACAAAAGCGAAAAAUUAUAUUGAAAAUGAAGUAGAUUAUAAAUUAGUUUUAAAAGCUGAUGGAAUUGCAGCUGGAAAAGGUGUAUUAAUUCCAGAAACAAAAGAAGAAGCCCUUAAAGGAUUAAAUGAAAUUAUGAUUGAUAAAAAUUUUGGAGAUGCAGGUAAUGAAAUUGUUAUUGAAGAAUAUUUAGAAGGUGAUGAAUUAAGUAUAUUAACUAUUACUGAUGGUUAUUCAUUUUAUAAUUUACCUGCUGCUCAAGAUCAUAAGAGAAUUAAUGAUGGUGAUAAAGGUUUAAAUACUGGAGGUAUGGGUGCAUAUGCACCAGCUCCUAUAGCAACAAAAGACAUAUUAGAUAAAAUUAAUUCUAAAAUUAUAAAACCAACUAUUGAUGGAAUGAGAAAAGAUGGAUUUCCAAUGUGUGGUAUUUUAUUUACUGGUAUAAUGUUAACUCCAAAGAAGGAACCAAAAGUUUUAGAAUAUAAUGUUAGAUUUGGAGAUCCAGAAACUCAAACUGUUUUACCAUUAUUGAGUAAAGAUACUGAUCUAGCUCAAAUCAUGUUAGCUGCUGCUGAACAUAGAUUAGAUUCAGUUAAAAUUGAAAUAGAUCCAUUUUUUUCAACAACAGUUGUUAUGUCUGCUGGAGGAUAUCCUGAAUCUUAUAAAAAAGGAGAUGAAAUAACUAUAAAGGAACCAUUACCUGAAAAUACAUAUAUUUUCCAUGCUGGUACUUCUUUAAACGACCAAAAUAAAAUCGUAACUAAUGGUGGUAGAGUUAUUGCAUCAACUGCUAUUGCAUCAACAUUAAGAGAAUCAGUAGAUAAAGCAUAUGAAGGAGUUGAAUAUGUUAAAUUUGAUGGGAAAUAUAAUCGUAAAGAUAUAGCACAUAGAGCUUUUAGAGAUGCAGAUAAAUUUUUAAAAGAUGGUAAUAGUGGUGGAGUUACUUAUGCAGAAGCAGGAGUAUCAGUUGAUAAUGGGAAUUUAUUAGUUGAAACUAUAAAAUCAAAAGUUAAAUCUACUUCAAGACCAGGAGCUGAUUCAGAUAUUGGUGGAUUUGGAGGAUUAUUUGAUUUAAAAAAAGCUGGUUAUAAUACUGAUGAAACUUUAUUAGUUGCAGCAACAGAUGGUGUUGGAACAAAAUUAAGAAUUGCACAAAUUAUGAAUAUUCAUAAUACUGUUGGAAUAGAUUUAGUUGCAAUGAAUGUAAAUGAUUUAAUUGUUCAAGGUGCUGAACCUUUAAUGUUUUUAGAUUAUUUUGCAACUGGGAAAUUAAAUGUUGAAAUUGCUGCAUCAUUUGUUGAAGGUGUUGCAAAUGGUUGUAUUGAAGCUGGUUGUGCAUUAGUUGGUGGAGAAACUUCAGAAAUGCCAGGAAUGUAUGAAGAAGGUCAUUAUGAUACAAAUGGUACAGCUGUUGGAGCAGUAAAUAAGAACAAGAUAUUACCAAAAUUAAAUGAAAUGAAAUCAGGUAAUAAAAUAAUUGGUUUAAAAUCAAAUGGUAUUCAUUCAAAUGGUUUUUCAUUAGUUCGUAAAAUUAUAGAAAUAAGUGAAUUCGAUUAUACAUCAAAAGCUCCAUGGAAUACCUCAAAAACAAUUGGAGAAGAAGUAUUAGUUCCAACAAAGAUUUAUGUUAAACAAUUAUUAUCAAGUAUAAAUCAAGAUCUCCUUUUGGGAUUAGCUCAUAUAACAGGAGGAGGAUUAAUUGAAAAUAUUCCAAGAGCAUUACCAAAAAAUUUACAAGCUAAAAUAAAUGCACAAAAUUGGGAAAUACCAGAAAUUUUUAAAUGGUUUGGUAAGCAGGGAAAAGUUCCUUAUAGUGAUAUUUUAAAAACUUUUAAUUUAGGUAUUGGAAUGAUUUUAAUAGUUGAAAAAGACAAAGUUAAUAAAGUUUUAGAAAAUUUAAAAAAUUCUGGAGAAAAAGAUGCUGUUAUUAUUGGUGAAUUAAUUGAUUUACCAGAAGGAGAAAAAGAAAGAUGUAUAGUUGAAAAUAUAGAUGGUAUAUAUUAA